GAAUUUCAGAUCUUGAUGUUCUGUGAAGAAUGCUUUCAGUUUUUCUCCAUUCAGUAUGAUGUUGGCCUUGGGUUUGUCAUAUAUAACCCUCACAACAUAGAGAUGAAACAAAUAUUUCAUCCUGUUCUGAGAAUCAACGUGAUGGCAUCAUAUCCAGUGCUGCUGUUCCUGGCUGCCAUGCUGCAUUCAUUCUUUCCUGCAUAUGGAAAUGAGAAUCAAGAUUUGAAUGCUCUGUCAACCACUCGAAAGGAAGUUCAAAGUGAGAUUGUAAAUAAGCACAAUGAACUAAGAAAAGCAGUAUCUCCCACUGCCAGCAACAUGCUAAAGAUGAAAUGGAGCAAUGAAGCUGCAGCCAAUGCCCAAAAGUGGGCCAACCAGUGCAGUUACAGACACAGUGCCCCAGAUGCCCGAAGAACCAACAUAAGCUGUGGUGAGAAUCUCUUUAUGUCAGACUAUCUUCCUUCAUGGUCAGAAGCAAUCCAAGUCUGGUAUGAUGAGCACCAUGAUUUCAUCUAUAAUGUAGGGGGAAAGACACCUUCUGCAGUAGUUGGACAUUAUACUCAGAUGAAACAGAUAAGUCAUCCUUACAGGAGAAUCAAUGUUGUUCCUGACAGCUGUGCUGCGACCAUCCUUGUCUACACUGAGAAUGAGAAUCAAGCAUUAACUGCUUUGUCAACCACACUGAUGAAACUCCAAAGGGGAAUUGUAAAUGAACACAGUAAACUAAGGAAAGCAGACUCUCCCACUGCCAGCAAUCUGCCAAAGAUGGGAUGGAGGAGAAGGUCAGCAGAGAAUGACCAAUGGAUGGCAAGCCCAAGCACAAACAAACAUAGUGACUCAGAGUACCAAAGAACCUCUUACCAUUGUCGUUACCAAGAUAUAUAUCUCCAAUGUGGCUACUGGAAAAAAAUAGGUUCCUGGAAAAACUACUUGUGAAAAAAAAGAUGUCAGGCCUCCUGUAAUUGUAAAAAACAAAGUUAAUUCAAUAUGACAUACAUAAGCACAGGGCUUUGUUCAGCAGGGUCACAUUAUCUACUUAGAUUUGACCUAUGCUAAUAGCAAACUUAUAAUUUCUAAUUUGAUUCCAAACAGAACAUCAUCUUUUUCUUCUGGAUCUGCUUCUUACACACAGAAAUCUGUUCUAUGCAUGUUUAUAAACUAAUGAAAUCCAUGAGAACUUUGGAUUUUGAUAUAUGAUCUUUGUGAUUUAAAUUUAAUGAAUUUAAUCAAGUUGAGGAUACUGAAUGUUGU